AUGGGUACCCCUGGGGGCCCCCCAAGUGGCCCAUCCAGCAUAAAUUGUGGCUCCACGGGGCUUAAAUCCGAUGGAGAAGAAUGCUCAGAGUACAAGGGUGGCUCCACAGCGAAGACUCUCCAACCCCCAAAUCCUAGGCAAAGUCACUUUUCGGCGCACUAUGACUGCACUUUUGGUGGGCGAAUGCCACUGAGGCUUCUCGUGUGUUCUCUCACGGCAUCAUAUAGGAAACCAGGGGCCCCCGGGGCCCCCCCUUGCCUCGCGAUGUCCAUUCCGUUGACGUGCCGUGUGCUGCUGCUACUUGUCGAGUGGACAUCUGCUGCAGCCACGGCUGCGGCUGUGAUCCGGGGCAAAUACCGAGACAGCGCAUACCCGGCCUUCCUGGGGGUCUCUCAGGGGUUCGGAGAGUCUCUCCCAUGCACACACUCUCCAUUACGGUCUCAUUCCAGUCUCCUCCUACCUCAUUCACAUCUCCAAGCUGCCCCUGUCAGUUCUGCCGCGUCGGAGCACCCUCCCGCGAGCACGGCGACGGCGCGGAACCCCCCCGAAGAGAUCCCGCUGCUAAACUUUGUAGACUGGGGAAAGGGAGGAGCCAUCCCCCAGGACUCUGGGGAGCUGCUGCUGCAACAGCAGAGUAGCGGCAGCAAUGAUAUUUGUGGUGUGCUAUACUGUACAGCGUGGGAUCCUCGCUCAAAAGCCCUCGUCUCUGCCCUGGGCUUGCUGCACCAGGAGGCCCUGGGGGCCCAUGGGGACUUCCCCAGUCAUGGAGGAGAGGAAAUCCGGCUUCCUCUAUAUCCAAUAACUGGAGUUAGAGUUACGAACAGCCUUGUUAUCGCGAGGGGAAGGCGAGCUCUCCUCAAGCAGCGCAGAAUGGCGUGCAACAUGAAGCAGCUAAGACACAACGAAAGGGCCCUCCGGUUUAUGCUACAGCAGCAACCGCCGCUGCAGCUACAGGGCGUGCCGGCGCUGCAGCUGUACACAUGGCAGCGCCAGUGCCAACAAGAGGAGAAUGAGGCUCAGAAGUUUCCGUCGCAGUUAUUGGAGAUCCGAUCUGCAGCUCCUGCAGUCUUGCAGCAUCUUGGAAGAGACACAGGGGCUCUUGUAGGGGCGUGGGGAGACCAAGGGCCACCUGGGGGCCUGCCCGAGGUGGAAGCUCUUGGGGUGUGGCUGCGACGUCUGGGGCAUCUAUAUGAAGAAGAGCUCAGACAGAUUGUUCAGGAGAGGCUCCAGCAAGCAGAGGACGAGUACCCGAUCUAUAAGUCCUACAAACCCUGA